AUGGCCAGCCCAUCCAACUUCUGGACCCCUAUGCUGAGGGCCGACUUCCAUGGAACGAUCGCGUCUUUGCAGCAGCUGGCCAACAUUCCAUCCGAGCCACGAGCGUACCGUGAGGGGGCGACGCCACAAGCUCAUACCAACAUUCUUUCGAUCGAAGAUGAAAUCCAAAUGACCAACUCGAUUGCAUUCCUUGCCCAUCGCAACGAAGGAGCCAAGUUCGUGUCUACCGUAACCCUGCGUGAAUACCCUGAACGACUGCAGGUUGUGCUCGCCGGCAACACAAACCCGUCAUCAGGCGCUCGUCAUGAGCUCGCAAAUAUCAUGACACACCUGAGCAAGCUUAGCAGGAGAGAAGGUAGUAAACAUGCGCUACGAGAGGAGCUACUCGACAUGGUACUCCUCUUCAGUAGUAGCCGCAUUCUCAGCCGACUGCGUCCGCCAUGGAUGGCACAACCCCGGCACUUUAAAGCACCGCAGCUCUCUUUGCAAGACAGACUACGGAGCUGCAUGCUUGGAAUCUGGGAUACCUCGCAGUCUUCUACGCACAUCACAUCACUCCUCAAACGGUUGAAGGACUUGGUAAAUACAUUGAAGCUUGUCCAGCAACACACAGAGAUCAACGCCUCCCUGAGCGCCAUGAAGAUGAUUGUCAUAAGCUGCGUGGAAGUCGCACGCUUAGGCAGCACAACUUCAGUCGAGGAGCAUCUGAAGUCGUUGGGCGUUCAAACACGGUUCGCCGAGAGCCCGGAGAUACGCCAGGUUGACAAGUUGGCCAGAUACUUCUUCACGUGUAACGAUCUAGCUCGUCUCGCUCGGAAGCCCAGCUAUCGGCAUAUGUUCAGCAAUAUCGACGUCAUGGCUCUGGAAGCACCCUUAGGUUUUCGUCGUCCAGGAAUCGCCCAAUAUUGCUUCGUGCACGCAGAGAUCCAACAGAUCUUUCAUCUAGAACAGCAGCCACACACGCCAGCGCCGCGAGCAAUUGGAUGCAGCAAAUCCGCCUGCUACUUGUGCGACCUGUUCGUUCGCACUCAUGGCACCUAUGUGGUGUCUCAUUCACAUGGCCGGCUUUACGAGAAGUGGACUCUACCCGAUGUUGACUGGAUGAACGCCACGCAGGCGGACAGGUUUCAGUCGAUGGUCCAAAGCAUGGUGAAAGAUAUGCGAGAGGCGAUCCAAAGGCUCAAAGGCGGAGUACAAACCAUCUAUCGCUAUCCUCUUGAAAGUCGGGCGUGUCUACCUUUGUCUAGCGAAGCCACCUCGAGCCUCGCUGAACGACACGUUGAGACCGAGGAGAACGCGCUCCCAAUACGGCCUGACGAUGGCAUGAGCGCAAUACUAACCAAAUGCCACUCGUGGCCCGUCAUGCUGUCACCUUUCGUUCAAAUCACGAAGCUGGAUCUGCCGUGGCAUCGGUUUACCCGGUUAGGACAAGAGCCGCUACAUGUCCAGAUCGACAGACUCUCUCUUCACAUCGAAUUUGCGUCGACAGCGACUGGGUUGCUUUCAGUCUAUUCUCGGCAAAGUGUCCCCCGUGAAGCGAGCAAGAUAUUGAAAGCAGACGACAUUCCUGUAGACUCACAUCUUCCUAUUCAAGGUUCUCGAGCCUCACGGAAAGUGGCGCUCGGCAUCUCACUUGAUGCCACCGUGGCGAUCCAGAUCGAGUUCGAAUGGGACACACCUGAAUACUGA